ACCGAGACAGUUACCAAUCGCAAUCCAAUCGAACUGAGUCGAAUUUUUUUCAAGUGAAUCACUUUAACAAUGGCAUUCAAGGUUGUCCUCUCCGUGCUCCUGGUGGCGUUGAUCGCCUGCGUCCAGGCGAAGCCCGGCGGUCCGGCCGCCUACUCGAUCAGCGCGCCCAGCGUCGACCACGCCUCCGUGGGCAGCACCCAGGAGCACACGGUGAAGGGCCACUACGGGCAGUCCUCCCAGUCGGACUACGCCAGCCAGGUCCAGACCGCCCACUCGCAGUCCCAUGUCCAGCGGUCCAGCAUCAGCAAUGACGCCGGCCUGGCGCCCAUCGCCGCCCACGGCUACGCAGCUGCUCCGGUCCACGCCAUCGCUGCGCCGGCCUACUCCCUGGGCUACGCCGGCCACACGGCUCCCGCCCAGAUCCAGGGCGUGGCCUACGGCGGACACUACGCGGCCAGCGCUCCGGCCGUGCAGAUCUCCGGACUGGGGCACUCGCUGGGACUGGGACACUCCCUGGGACUGGGAGGCUACGGCGGCUACGGCGGCUACGGAUACGGAGGCUAUGGCUCCUAUAGCGCCGCUCCGGCCAUCUCGCACGGAUACCUGGCCCAUGCCCCAGUCGCCGCCGCUCCAGUUGUGAAGUACGCCGCUGCCCCAUCGUACGCACCCGGCAUCAUUGGACACGGCAUUGGACUGGCCGCACCCGCCUACGCCGCCCCCGCCUACGCCGCUCCUGCUUACGCUACGCAUCUGGCCGGGCCCGUGGUGAAGGCCGCCGUCGCCGCACCCGCUCUCGUGCACACAUCGGUCUCCGGCCAUGGUAUUCACUAUGGCUACUAGAGGCUCCACCGUCCACCGUCCAUCGUCCACCGCCACCGCCACCGCCUCCGCCUCCGCAACGCCUACGUACCGCUCCACCCGCCCCAUUAUCGCCUGUGAAUACGCGCUCCCAUCCGUCUGGCUAACUGCACUAAUAGGAACCAUAAUACCCAGAGCGUGUCGCCUUAAUUAAAACUCAAUUUGUUAACUGCACCAGGAGCCUGUGAGCCGUGACCCGUGACCCGAGACCCGUGAACCCACCUGGGCGCCCUGACCCAGGAUGGUGGGCGGGGAUGCAGCGGUGCCGCACGCUCCGUAUUUAUUAGCGUGUUGUUAGCCCGGCGGACGAGCUUAAACAUAUCCCCCACCCCGCAUUGUGAAUGCGAAAUGUGUUUUUUUUUAUCGCGGUUGAAUUUACGUUGUAUUUAAACUUAAUUUGUAAACUGAAACGAAAUGCAUGUGGAAAUGUUGG